UGUAGUGUGACGCCAUAGCCUCGCGAGAUGAGACGUGUGACGUCAGGAUUCGCUGUUCGACAAGAGCUAGGGAGCUGAACAGUAGCGGCGUUGUGGGGCGUUUAAGCACCGAUCCGGGUCUGCGUUGGGAGAAUCAGGACCGUCCCGCUUUUCGGGACUGUUGGGCGGAUGGCUGGUUGUGGUGAAGUUAGCCACUCUGCUAACAUGCUGCCCACUAACAAAAAACUGGGUGAGCCUUGUUCCAACAGUGCUCCUUCCUCGUCGGUUCCAGAGUGUGCUAUAUGCUUGCAGAUCUGUGUGCAUCCAGUGAGUCUUCCUUGCAAACACAUAUUCUGCUACUUGUGUGUGAAGGGAGCCUCUUGGCUUGGAAGGCGUUGUGCUUUGUGCAGACAAGAGAUUCCUGAGGAUUUUCUGGACAAGCCUACCUUGCUGUCACCUGAGGAGCUGAAAUCUGCAAGUAGGGGAAAUGGAGAGUAUGCCUGGUAUUAUGAGGGAAGAAAUGGGUGGUGGCAGUAUGAUGAGCGGACAAGCAGAGAGCUUGAAGAUGCCUUCACUAAAGGCAAAAAGAGCACAGAGAUGCUGAUAGCUGGCUUCCUUUAUGUGGCAGACUUGGAGAACAUGGUUCAAUACAGGCGUAAUGAGCACGGACGGCGUCGAAAAAUCAAAAGAGAUAUUGUAGAUAUACCAAAAAAAGGAGUUGCUGGGCUAAGGCUAGAAUGCGAUCCAGCAAAUUUAAAUCUAGCACGAGAGAGCUCAGCAGAUGGUGCUGACAACAUGGCAGCACUUGGAGCUUCUUCAAGUCAACCGGCACCUGUGUUACCAGCAAGGCUGCACACAUCCCUCAGUACAACUGCAAGUCAAGUCCUUUCACAUUCUGAUGUGACUAAUUCAUUGGAGAACUCCUUCGCUGAGCUUCAGAUUGGAGAUCCUGUGAUAGGCAGGAAUAAUAUUGGUGAAGGUGAAGAGGGACAGCCUCUAAUUAAUCCUAGAAUGCCACCUCCCAAUGCUGUAUUGGAAGAACCAGAGCCAAGUGACAGUAAUGACCAUGGAAGUCCUGCAUUACAACAUCAUUCUUUUCUUGGCAAUCCCUGAUUUUACCCACCUGCAUAGGCACAAAGUACCAGUGUAAGUUCUAGAAGACCUGACGGACAGUGCACAAGUCAAAAAAGUCUAUAGCAGUCAGCCAGAGAAAGAAGAGCAACUUCAUCCUUGUAAUUACAUUAGUAAGAUUCUUUUGUUUUAGAGUUGAGCUCAGACUUGGCUAUUUGAAAGAACAAAAUAUUUAACAUUAACAUGAAGUAUCUUGUUCUUGGGUUGAAAGACCUGUUUAUUAUAAUUAAAGAAGAGGCAGAGUUGGCUUAAUAGCUGUUUGCUGAAUGGGCAUGACACAUUGAGCUAUUUUUACAUAGUGGUGCGAAACUAAAAGGUAUCCAAUGUGUAAUGCAUAAAAAAAUUUUUGGGAAUCUCCUGAGAGCAGUAUACCAUUGCCUGGAUAUAUGUUGGUGUGUUUGAUUAACAUAGUGCAAGUGUAAAACUUGUUGUGUUCACUCAACAUUAACUGCACUUAACUAUUCCUUGUAGCCAUCAUGUUGCUUGCUUUGACUAAGGUAUUUUCCUUAUGUCAAGAAAAUUACAAUGUUCUGUCCUGUUUUCCCCAUACAUGCAACUAUGCACAGCUGGGAUGUUUUAUGCACACAGUAUAAGCAUAUAAGCACUCGUUACUUAAAAUUUUAGGGAGAGUAAGGUAAAAUCUACUUACAAAAUAAGGCAUUUUACCAAGAAACAGGUCGAUACAAAAGCAUGUAAAUAAUUUUUCCCUUGUUUAUAGCAUCCUUAAGAAGUAUUCCGCAGUGUAGACCUAUACUAGCAACACCAGAAAGUGAAUUUUUUUUGGCAACUAGUCCGAUUUUAUGAGACAGGUGUGGAUCCUUUGGAUGCGCAGUUGUGCAUUACAUUGCUUACCUUGUUUAUCACCACUUAAAAUGAUAGCAAAACUUUCUAUACUUUGAUACCAUCAGUUUAAUAAACUAUUAUAUGUAAAACUUACUUUUGAACUAUGCCUCCUGCAGUUUUUUUUCUCUUGUCCUAGCAGUUGACAUUAGGAGGGGGAUAAAGUGCCAGUUAAAUUUGUUCUUGGCCUUUUAGGACUCUGGCUGGCCCUCCAAGUGCAAAUGUCAACUACUGAGAUUUGGGAAAAGUCUACAGUGGGGUAGACAGGGAGCAUGGUGGUAGUCUGCUGAUAAGGAAUUGGAUAAUUUAUUAAAGGUAUAGUGACACAUUCCUAAUUCCAAAAGUCUAUGUCCCUUCAAGUACUUUUUAAUAGCUAAUCUGUUGUUUGCUAUGCAUAAUGUUCAUCUAUGGCUACAUUAUUACAUAUUUCUCUAAACUAAAAUGAAGCCUCUGGAGCAAACACUUUUUUUUAAAAAAAAGUACAAUGUAAAGAACAGAUUGUAUUUAAAUGUAUAAAAUAAAACUUUGUUGUUACUAGCCUUUAUAGGUCUACUUUAAUUUAAUUUUGUGAUUGUAUUUUCUUAUUGGAAAAUACAAAUAGCUGUCUGAAUGUAUUUUUGCUUCCUCCCCCCAUAAUUGCCUCUGAAGGUAUUGCUUGCUCACCAUGUAAGUUAGCCUAUUCUAACUCAUUGUCUUAUUAUAAAGCUGGACAGGAGCUUCUUGGCACCUCCUUUUGCCAUUUGAUCCGUUAUAAGAAGCCAAGGAAAUAUGAUGUCACUGUGGAAUGGCUACUAGAUAAAUGGGGCUCUUGAAGCAGGGCUCUUGGUGUUCUCAUGCUGUAUAGAGAGAUCUACCACGUCUGCUUACUAAUUGUGAAUUCCUACACUGACAAGCAUAACAUUUUAGUGUAUAGUGGCCCUUCAAACACUUCAUUGAAUGUAACUAGGGAUGGGCGAAUUUUUUCGCCGCAAAAAUGACGCCAAUAGACUUGUAUGGCAUUGUGCGUCAAAAAAAAAGAUGCACGUCAAAAAAAUUUAAUGGGCAUCGGCGACAUUUUGUGGGAGGCAAAUUUUUAACGAAACGGGUCAAAUUCGCCCAUCCCUAAAUGUAACAUCUGUCUUGGUUAAGCACUGCUUGGUAAACAUGAUCCAGAACAUCAAGAAAGGGAUAUCAGUUUAAAUCAUUUUUUUCCCAGAUAUUAAGGAUUUCCCCCACCAAUCUUCUUACUUGCACUAUUUAUUACAUUUGCACAUUUUCAUGUUAAAAAAAACUCACUAGUGCAUUUCUCCUCUUUCCACUACAUGCAGUCUGCUCUAUGUCAAGUAUAGUGCAUUUAAGAGCUGUUAGACAUGAACAACACUCCAACUUCCACACUGUAUCUAAAUGAUUUGUCACAUAUCUACAUAUGCUCUAUUACUGCUUCUGACUCCUUACGAAGGCUUCAUUUUGUAACACUGAUAUUGUCCUACACAUUUAACCAAAUCAUUUUGGCUUAUACUUUUUUAAAUGUUUCAUUUACUGUAAGUAGCCACUUGGUUUAUACCGAUAUGUCAUUUUUCUACAACUCGGUUCUAGGUAUACAAUUUUAAAUUCACUAUAGCUUUGCAUGUAUUUCGAAAAGCUACCCUGUAAUUUGCUGAACUUUAUUCACAGUGCUGGAUAUCUGGUAAUAAGAUGGGUUAGAAUAUCUAUGGUGGGUGGAGUUAACCACAAUUGUAUUCCAUUAAGUGACGUAGAAAAAAAAAACCAUCUGAUAAAAAUACAGCUUUCCCCACAACAAUGUGAUAUCUUCUUAUGUUAUCUGGUGAAUUACAUUACUUUUUUCCAGCCAAUUUUCUCCUUAAUAAUAAAAAUCAAUGUGUAUAUUUCCCUCCAAUUUAUCAUUGAAGCAUGCUGCCAAAUUAGGAUUAUGUUCUCACUUUAUAACAAUAAAGCAAAUUAAUUCUUCUUUGACAUUGGUGGUUUGGGUAUGUCUUUUCUUUAUCCGCGGGACAUCUUGUGCAUUUUAACUUUAUUCUGGGUAGGUUUGAUUGCAAGAAGAAUUUAAAAAGCCAAAGUUAUGAGUAAAGGAGCUGGAAAAUACAUAUGUAGUUUUCAUUUGAAAUGUAGUUGCACGUUUGAGGUACAGUGUGGUUUAAUAGGAGAAUAUCUGUCAUUUAAGCAAACCUUCCAGAAGCUGAUGUAUAAAAAGAGCUAAUAUUGUUUUGUUGAAAAAAAAAAAUCCCCUUGAACUUUGCUGUCUAGUCUAUAUUUAGAACAUUUUCCCUUAAUG